UUCUUCUAAAUUUCCUCAACCACCAACUUCUCAAUGUCGUCCUCCUCUACCCAAUACCAACUGGAGAUGCGGAAUUACACGUGUCCAGAAUGUAACAUAAUGCUUAGGGUUCUCUCAUCGCCUUCUGCUUCUCCUCCAUACUGUCCUCUAUGCAAUAUCGUUUCUUCUUUCACUUAUUCGACCCCUUUUGAAGUUGGUCCUAGUGACUUCGAAGACGACGAGGAAUCUCUAUUUCUCGAUUCCAUGGAAUCUCUUCCGACCGUUGAGAUCUCAUCUUCAAUGUUGUCUUGCGCUUCCUCAGACGAUUCUAAUUUACCAUGCGCCAUUUGUAGAGAAGAUUUCGUGGUUGGAGAAUCUGCUAGGAAAUUGCCAUGCAACCAUUUAUACCAUAAUGAUUGCAUUAUUCCUUGGCUCACAAGUCAUAACUCGUGCCCUCUCUGUCGAUUUGAGCUCCCAGUUGCAUUUAGUGGAGACGACAGUGGUCUGACCAUGUGGUUUGAUGCAUUGACCCUAGAGGACGACUGCGUCUUGCGGGAAGAUACGGUAGUCACUCUCGCUUUGUACCAAAGUUUAGACGGCUAA